UACGCGGUGCUUCAGAGGAUGGGAACUACAAUUCCCAGAAGGAUGUGCGGCCGAAAGCCUCGGGCGGCCUUUUGAGGGGCUCGGCUAGCUUCAGCGCCGUGGGGUCUGACCUGGCUGGGUAUAGUGUACCGACCCGGCAGGAGGGGCGGCCCGGUCCGGGUUGCGCCUCCUGGAGCCGUCCCCGGGACGUCAGUCCUGGAGGAGGCGAGGAUAGUCCCUAAGAAGAGUCCCAGAAGCACCUACCCUCUCAUUUUACAGAUGAGCAGAUGAGCAACUUGUACAAAGGUUGCUCCAGUUGCUAAGAAGACUAUGAACAAGUCAGAGAACCUGCUGUUUGCUGGUUCAUCAUUAGCAUCACAAGUCCAUGCUGCUGCCGUUAAUGGAGAUAAGGGUGCUCUACAGAGGCUCAUCGUAGGAAACUCUGCUCUUAAAGACAAAGAAGAUCAAUUUGGGAGAACACCACUUAUGUAUUGCGUGUUGGCUGACAGAUUGGAUUGUGCAGAUGCUCUUCUGAAGGCAGGAGCAGAUGUGAAUAAAACUGACCAUAGCCAGAGAACAGCCCUCCAUCUUGCAGCCCAGAAGGGAAAUUAUCGUUUCAUGAAACUCUUACUUACACGCAGAGCAAACUGGAUGCAAAAGGAUCUGGAAGAGAUGACUCCUUUGCACUUGACCACCCGGCACAGGAGCCCUAAGUGUUUGGCACUUCUGCUGAAGUUUAUGGCACCAGGAGAAGUGGAUACACAGGAUAAAAACAAGCAAACAGCUCUGCAUUGGAGUGCCUACUACAAUAACCCUGAGCAUGUGAAGCUGCUCAUCAAGCAUGAUUCUAACAUUGGGAUUCCUGAUGUUGAAGGCAAGAUCCCACUUCACUGGGCAGCCAACCAUAAAGAUCCAAGUGCUGUUCACACAGUGAGAUGCAUUCUGGAUGCUGCUCCAACAGAGUCUUUACUGAACUGGCAAGACUAUGAGGGUCGAACUCCUCUUCACUUUGCAGUUGCUGAUGGGAAUGUGACCGUGGUUGAUGUCUUGACCUCAUAUGAAAGCUGCAAUAUAACGUCUUAUGAUAACUUAUUUCGAACCCCACUGCACUGGGCAGCUUUAUUAGGCCAUGCACAGAUUGUCCAUCUCCUUUUAGAAAGAAAUAAGUCUGGAACUAUCCCAUCUGACAGCCAAGGAGCCACACCUUUGCACUAUGCUGCUCAGAGUAACUUUGCUGAAACGGUUAAAGUGUUUUUAAAACAUCCUUCAGUGAAAGAUGAUUCAGACCUGGAAGGAAGAACAUCCUUUAUGUGGGCAGCUGGCAAAGGCAGUGAUGAUGUCCUUAGAACUAUGCUGAGCUUAAAAUCGGACAUAGAUAUUAACAUGGCUGACAAAUAUGGAGGUACAGCUUUGCAUGCUGCUGCUCUUUCUGGCCAUGUCAGCACCGUGAAGUUAUUACUGGAAAAUAACGCUCAAGUAGAUGCUACUGAUGUUAUGAAACAUACUCCACUUUUCCGAGCCUGUGAGAUGGGACACAAAGAUGUGAUUCAGACACUCAUUAAAGGUGGAGCAAGGGUAGAUCUAGUUGACCAAGAUGGACAUUCUCUUCUACAUUGGGCAGCACUGGGAGGAAAUGCUGAUGUUUGCCAGAUAUUAAUAGAAAAUAAGAUCAAUCCAAAUGUCCAGGAUUAUGCAGGAAGAACCCCUUUGCAGUGUGCAGCAUAUGGAGGCUAUAUCAACUGCAUGGCAGUUCUCAUGGAAAAUAAUGCAGACCCUAACAUUCAAGACAAAGAGGGAAGAACAGCUUUGCAUUGGUCCUGCAACAAUGGAUACCUUGAUGCCAUUAAAUUACUGCUAGACUUUGCUGCUUUCCCUAAUCAGAUGGAAAACAAUGAAGAGAGAUACACACCCCUUGAUUAUGCUUUGCUUGGUGAGCGCCAUGAAGUGAUCCAGUUCAUGUUGGAGCACGGUGCCCUGUCCAUCGCAGCCAUACAAGACAUCGCUGCCUUCAAAAUCCAAGCUGUCUACAAAGGGUACAAGGUCAGAAAAGCCUUCCGAGACAGGAAAAAUCUCCUCAUGAAGCAUGAACAGUUGAGAAAAGAUGCUGCUGCCAAAAAGCGAGAGGAAGAAAACAAACGAAAAGAGGCAGAACAGCAAAAAGGAAGGCGGAGCCCAGAUUCCUGCAGACCCCAGGCCCUUCCCUGUCUGCCCAGCACCCAGGAUGUGCCCAGCAGGCAGAGCCGGGCCCCCAGCAAGCAGCCUUCUGCUGGCAACGUGGCCCAAGGCCCUGAGCCAAGAGACAGCAGAGGAUCUCCAGGAGGGUCUCUAGGCGGAGCCCUCCAGAAGGAGCAGCAUGUUUCCUCAGAUUUGCAGGGAACAAACUCCAGAAGGCCAAAUGAAACAGCCAGAGAACAUUCUAAAGGCCAAUCUGCUUGUGUCCACUUCAGACCCAAUGAAGGCAGUGAUGGAAGCAGGCAUCCAGGAGUUCCCUCUGUUGAGAAGUCCAGAGGUGAGACAGCUGGCGAUGAGCGGUGUGCAAAGGGGAAAGGCUUCGUGAAGCAGCCCUCCUGUAUCAGGGUGGCUGGGCCUGAUGAGAAAGGAGAGGACUCCAGGCGAGCAGUUGCAAGCCUUCCACCGCACGAUAGCCACUGGAAGCCCAGCAGGCGGCAUGACACAGAACCCAAGGCCAAAUGUGCCCCCCAGAAAAGGCGCACUCAAGAGCUCAAAGGAGGAAGGUGCUCCCCGGCUGGUUCUAGCCGCCCUGGCAGUGCCCGGGGGGAGGCAGUCCAUGCUGGGCAGAAUCCUCCCCACCAUCGUACACCAAGAAACAAAGUGACACAAGCCAAGCUCACAGGAGGGCUCUAUUCAGAUUUGCCACAGAGCACAGAGGAGUUGAGGUCAGGAGCUAGGAGGCUGGAGACAUCUGCCCUGUCCGAGGACUUUCAGGUAUCUAAGGAGACUGAUCCAGCACCUGGUCCUGUCUCUGGGCAGAGUGUGAAUAUUGACCUUCUCCCCGUAGAGCUCCGAAUGCAGAUAAUUCAGAGAGAACGAAGGAGGAAAGAGCUGUUUCGCAAAAAGAACAAGGCAGCAGCAGUCAUCCAGCGCGCCUGGCGAAGCUACCAGCUCAGGAAGCACCUGUCCCACCUUCGGCAUAUGAAGCAGCUUGGAGCUGCAGAUGUGGACAGAUGGAGGCAAGAGUCUACAGCAUUGCUCCUCCAGGUUUGGAGGAAGGAACUGGAACUAAAAUUCCCCCAAACCACUGCAGUAAGCAAGGCCCCCAAGAGUCCAUCCAAGGGCACCUCAGGCACAAAGUCCACCAAGCACUCAGUGCUUAAGCAAAUCUAUGGUUGUUCUCACGAAGGGAAAAUACAUCAUCCUACAAGAUCUGUAAAAGCCUCUUCUGUGCUGCGUCUCAACUCAGUGAGCAACCUACAGUGUAUACAUCUCCUUGAGAACAGUGGAAGAUCAAAGAACUUUUCUUAUAACCUGCAAUCAGCUACUCAGCCAAAAAACAAAACAAAACCUUGACUGCCUAUGGAGGAAGACUGUGUUCGGGGGAGCUGGCGUAGCUAGUGCAGAGUUCAGAUUUUCUGCUGAUAAUCUUUUACACCUUGGGAAAACUUUAAUAUCCGUACCUGAAGGCUGAUUCACCUAAAAAUGUGUUAACUGAAAGAAAAUGUCAGAAUGUUUCCUUUCUGCUGUUACACAGCAUUGUUUUGUCAAUCAACACAGCCUGCACUGAAAGGACCUGCAUAGACUAUGUCUGUGCAAAGUGCCUGAGUGUCUGCUUUCACCUCAGUCUGUACAGUUGGAAAUGAGAAUUCAUAAUUAACAGCAAAAUCUAAGGAAAACUACGGCUGCUGGGUUGGGAUUUCUGCCAGCUAGCUGGUACUGGCUUCUUGUUUCAAGAGAUGAACCUAAAUGAGAUAGGAAGCCUGUCCCAUAGCAGCCUUCCUCUCACUACUUUCCUGGAAUCUAAUGCAACAAACUUAUCACACACACACACACAUCACAUCCCACUAUUACUUCAAAAUUAAUCAGGUUUAAAUUUUAGAUCAGAAUCAUGGCCCACUGUUUUCAUUUAGAAAUUGUCCAAAAGACCAUAGAUACAUUCUGGUGAUUCCUUACAUUUUACAGUUCCUACGUUAGCCUCUCAAGGCCACAAGUUGCCGCCACGUCUUCUCUGAAUGGCUUUCUCAGUGCUGAAUACCAACAGCCGUAUUACAGUAUCAAGGAUUCUGUCAGGUAGGGUUUACAGACCAGACUGUUCAUGCAGCAAGGUGCUAACUCAGGCUUCAACGUUCUACUUGUAUUUUCUGACCAACUUGCAGAAGUGAGCAAUCUUCUUAAAAUGCCAUUCCUGUUGGCAGGGAAGAAUGAAACGGCACAAAUCCUAGCAUUCUAAGAACACCUGGUUUAAAUAAAAUCCAGUGAUGAUGGGCUCUUUCACAUUGUUUAAGGGGAAAGCUGCUGUGGGAAUAUUGACAGUAGGCAUAAACAGUGAUAUAUUUUACUCACAGGUAUUUUGGGGGUUGCUUUCAUUUUCUUCAGAUCAGUGCCACUUCUGUGCUAACGGUAAGAGAUAGAUAGGCAAUGAAGUGUUCACUUAAGUUAAUUACCUUGGUUUUUAGUUUACUAAUUAUUAUAUUCAUCGUUUUUGUGAUCACAAAAACACAAAGAAGGAGGUCUGCCUGGAUGGGAUUACAAAGAUUUAGCCAGUUUCUUGGUAUAUAACAGAAGGUACCACAGUAUCACUCUCUAUUUUGUAAAUAUUUAGCUCCUAUGAAAUGCACAAUGCACAACCGCCUGUGACCAUGUAUCGUGUGCUAGUCCAGGAAGCCAGCCUACACAUCAAUAGGAACGCCCAAACAUUAUUUUCCUAUAUCAGUGCAAAGAAGGUUCGUAAACUUCUUUAAAAGUUCAGCUUUAAUGACAAAGAUCUAUUACAUCAGUCUUUCUUCAAAUAAGAUAGAUGUGAAUAAACAACUUCAAACAGGA